AUGCCCAACACCUCGCAACCGGUUCCAGCCGGAUCGACACUGGAGAGGUUACCAGUGGAAAUUAUUCAAGAGAUCUUCCUACACUGCCUGGAGGUCAACCUCCCGCGAGCCUCCAUCACCAUCGCCAGAGCUCUAUCAAACCCCGUUCUAUACACCUGGGUGAUUCGAUGUGUUUUCAGCAGCACGAACAAGAGCUCCAGACAUGGGAUUUUCACGCCCGACUUUCUUCCAGCGCCUCUGGACGUCUUCUCCAUCUCCCCCAAGGAACGAAGAGACUUGCAGAAUAUCAUCCUCGGCUGUCGCUGGUGCACAUUACCUCUAAUGCGCAAAUGCCAACGAGAAUACGUCGAGCACGCAGUCCAUCGCAAGUGCGGCGGGCUGGUCUUUUCGCCUUCAGAUCGCGAGAUCCUCGCCAACCUAGGCAAUCGAUUCGAGAACAUCGACAUCCACCGCGAUGAGCCUCACGGCUAUCGCGGCAAAGGCGAAUUGAUCCUCAAGGGCAAAGUCCGGAAGACGAACGCAGACUGUAAAGUCGCAUUAUGGUUCAACUUCGGCGCGCUUCAAAUCCGCGCAUCCAGCGACAUCUAUACCGAAACGGACAUCUUUCGACUGCCAUGUUUCACGGUCGAUCUGCCCGUUCGAGUCCCGGACAAAUUACUUUGUCCUCCGUGGACCGAAGCCAAGUUGGAAUUUCUCCAGUUACUCUCGAUGGAUGCGUACAUGGAUGAUGAAGCCGAUCAUCCGCGUGCGAAACGGGUCCUUCGACAGGUGAUCCGAGAUCGUGACCUUGAAACCUUCCAGCGGUUACUGAACAUGUCCAUUCGGGUUCCGUGGUACAAUUUUCCUAUCCGUUGGCCGGUCCUGCCGAAUCACUUCUACGUCGCGUUGAAGUAUGCGGAGGAACGGGAUGAUCCGUUUGUUCAUUUGCUGGUGACGCAGCGAUGGGACGAUAUUCCACCGGAUGACUUUCGACUCAAGAUGGAAUUGAUGUCCAAAGGGGGGAAAGGUCGCUAG